AAAUUUGAGUGCAACGCUGAACAAAUCGCAGCGUUCACAAAUGAGAAAAAUCAGACUUUCCUUGAGACAAUAAAGAGUUCCUUUUCACAGCAAUACUUUACUCGACGGUGCUAUCCGAAUACCAACACUCAUGGCAUCAAUCACAAUCAACUACAGCAUUAUGAGUCCCCCUGGUAACACGGAUUCAGAUGGACCYAACGAAGAGACUGCUCUCCAAUCUGGCGUUUUGGAGCAAAGAUUAGAUAGAUUCAACUCAUUGGAAAUGRCAAAUCAACAGCACUAUCCGUUUCACGCAUACGUCGGCGGUGACCCACAAUAUCAUUACGGAACCUCUGAAUCUAUAGACAUUGGACAAAACGCCUUUGGAAUCAGUAGCAACGCAGCUAGAAACAUGGGGUGUGUGGAAUCAGUUCGUCACAGUACUACCCGUCACGAUCCUCUAGGCGAAAUACAGAGAAUUGGAGCCGGUUCAAUUAUGCACGAUAAUGGGGGUCUCGAAAUAGAUGACAACUAUGACACUUUGACAGAAGACCUAGAACUGAAUCCACUCUUUGAUGUUCAUGAGCCCACAACUGAUUUCCCUCUGACCCGAGGCUUUGAAGAAACUCAUGAACCAUUGGAAUAUUCUCGGAAUGCUCACCGACAAGAAAACGAAGGAGACGGCACGGUGAGUGCGAAGAUUCCCAAUUACUACGAACGGCACUUUCUUUUCAGCGUACACGCUCACGGUCGGUGUGCUUCUCAGUGUCACGAAGAAAAUAUGGAUACAAAACCUCCCGCUAUCGAUUCAACGCUUUUUGCACAGCUACAACAGCAUCAGAAGCAUUUUCAUAACCAACCAUCCAAUUACCCCACCCAAGCUGCAAAAAAUGUGCCCUCAUUCGAUCGUAAGAAUCCUCCUGCUACUACUUCCUUUUCUGAAGGAAGAGAAUCUAGUGCAAACAAACCAAAAUCUCCAGAUGAUGUGUCUUUUUCGAGGCGAGGAAACCGAUAUCCAACAAGAAGCACAAAUCGCACGAAGGAAGCUACGACGAAGGAGAGCAUUGUGAAGAAAUCUCAGUCAACGAAAUUUAARCGACCAAGUGCACAAGCCAGAAAUAAGAUGRCAAAACCAGAUUGUAAUAAAUAUGCUACUUCUUCAAUAUCAUCAUCAUCGCGUCGACGUCGAAUUCAACCAACACCUAAACAACUAAAAGAAGCACACACUCCACGCAAAUUUGAAGCCCUUCAAACUUGGUUCAAGCGGCUCAAAGAACUGAUCGAGUUUAAAGAUGCUAAUGGACAUAGUAAGUUCGUUCUGUCGAUACCUACACCUACUAUAUAAGUGUGCAUUUUGUCUCAACCGUUCUACCUUCUGGUUUGCACGUCAAAUAUCAAAUAGCCAAUGUUCCUCAACAGUAUGCUGAGAAUCACUCAUUGGGUAUAUGGGUGAACAAGCAAAGAAUGGAGAAAAAGGCCAAAGAUGCCGGGGAUCCUUCUAGUUUAACAGAUGAAAAGAUUCAACUCCUGGAAGACGUAGGAUUUGUAUGGGCAAAACGAAAAGGUCAGGCAGCCUGGGAAGAAAAAUUUCGUGAACUCCAGCAGUACUCGCAAAUACAUGGACACUGUAAGGGSGAGAAUGUAGAAAUGSAACUUUUGUAUUGCGUCAGACCAACUUCGAACGUGUGUCAUUGAUCAACCUCAAGCUCAUAAUUGUAUUACAUUUCUUUGCUGUCUUCCACGUCAGGCAAUGUACCCACCAAAAACAAAACGAACAGAGCACUUGGUCGUUGGGUAAGCACUCAACGAUCUAAUUACAAAAAAUAUGCGAGUGGUGAAUCACCGAAGCAUCCUCGGAUGGAUCGGGUUGAGUUGGAAAAAAGAWUUUGUCGAUUGGAAGCAAUAGGAUUUUCAUGGAGUCUUCUUCCUGGUACCACAAGACCCARUGAAGAUAACAGCAGUAAUGAGGAGAAAGAGAGCGACAAAAAAACAGGCGAUGCUACUAAAAACGAAAUCGCUGCUGGGAAUAAUAGCGAAUGUCAAGGGGGUGUCGAUACAGAUUAUGAAGAGGAUAUCAAAAUCGAAGCUAUUUGAAAUUGAAUCAUAAUGAGUCAGACUACUCAUUCAGCAAGAGCAAGUCGUUUCAAAUACUACAGUAGUCAUGAUAAUAGUUUGAGUAUGUGUGAUGAACCAAAUCUUGAAAAGGUCUGUUGAAUUCUUCUUAGUACGAAUGUCAUGCAAGCCAAAAGCUGACCUCCACUCUAUUAGAAUAGCAAGCCAACAAGCACCAGCUCGUACUUCUACKAAGUAUUUGUUCCACCAUAUUACUAAUAAGAUGGUAAUACUGCA